ACCGAACCGGGGGAUGCCGCCCCCUCGGAACCCGCGAGGGGCUCCGCUCCUGCGUCCCCCCGCAGCCUCCGGGCACCCCCGGGAGCGGGAUGGAGCCGGGGGUCCCGGACUGCCCCGGCCGAGGAUUGUGCGCUCCUCCGUGUGCCCCAGCCUGGCCGGAGCAGCUGUGGCUGCCCCUGGAUCCCUGGCAGUGCCCAAGGCCAGGCUGGACAUCGGGGCUUGGGGCACCCUGGGACAGUGGAAGGUGUCCCUGCCCAUGGCAGGGCUGGGAUGGGAUGGGCUUUGUACUCCCUUCCUGCUCAAACCCUUCUGGGAUUCUGUCAAGCCUGCGUAGGACCAGCUCUUACUGGGCUGGCCGCAGCCCAGCUGUGGGAUGAGCUGGAGGGAAGGCUGAGCUGUCCGAGGAGCCGGGUGUGCUCGGAGCAGUGCUGGCAUUGCCUGCACUGGCCACAGGACCUGGAGCCUGGCUCUGCCCCGUCCCCAGCCUGGGCUGCUCCCGAGAGGCUCUUGCUGGCCCUGCCUGCCAGGUGGGUACCCCAACACCCCCAUGUUGCCCCCAGCGAUGGCUGAGGAGCUCAGUGAGCUGCUGAGGGAGUUCGACGAGGUCAUGGAGGACUUUGACCGUGGCCCUGCAAGUCAGUACCAGCAGCACCUGGAGGAGCUGAAGAGGAAAGCGGGACAGAGUGUGUAUGACAGUGGCAUCGAUGAGCUGGAGAGUGCCAGCACGUCCCCAGGAAGCAGCCUCAACUCCAGUGAGGAGCACCUCAACAGCCCAGCUGACACUUAUCCCACUAAAGCAAAGCUUGGAGACACGCAGGAGCUGGAGGAGUUCAUUGCAGACCUGGAUAAAGCCUUGGAAGAGAUGUGAGCUGUGCUGUGGAGUCUGGAGAAGAGCAGCCCCAGCCCUGAGUCUCCCUGAUGCUGCCUCUGCACCCCUGGCUGGGGUGGGGAUGGCUCUGGGGACAGGGACGGGCAGUGGGGACAGAUCUGGCUGCAGGACGAUGGUGACAAGGCCCUGCCAGAGGACAGCCCUGGGUGGGACCUGGCCCUGCCCUGCGUGGGGUCUGGUGGCUCCAAGGGCUCUGGGGGGGAGCUGGGCUGCUGCUGAAACCCCCAGAGUAAUUUUGGGGAAGAUCAACUUGCAGGACAUCAGUGUGACCUCAGUGUCCCCUCCAGGCUGGGAAGCCUGGUUCCUUGGUGGCAUCUGUCACUGCUGACCUUUGCUUUGCAGGGGGAGCCCCAAAUUGGGUCCCUCUCUGCCCCCCAAGUGCCUUUGCCUCAGCUGCUGCUGUAAAUACUGUAAAAAAUAUGUUUUGUGCUGUACAUAUGGUUCUGUGAACAGGAUUUUAAACCUC